AAGAACAAUUUUACAGGACAGGUUUAUCUGGAACACGACCCGGAUUUAGGGCGUCCCGUGUCACCCCAGCGGCCGGUGCGAUGUUUAGGUUGUGCUUGUUGGCAGUUUGUGUUGCAGUGGCAGCAGCCACUAACACACUGGUGCUGGUGGACACACUGGCCACGAGGGAAACACAUUCCAUUUUCCUCAAGUCCCUUCAGGAACGCGACCAUGAGGUAACAGUGAAGGUAGCGGACGACCCAUCACUGCAGCUGACUCGCUAUGGGGAGUACCUGUAUCAGAACCUGGUUAUCUUCGCCCCAGGAGUGGAGGAGUUUGGCGGCGCCCUCAGUGUGGAGACCAUUGUGGAGUUCAUUGACGGCGGCGGCAACGUGCUGGUGGCAGGAUCCAGGGAGGCAGCGGACCUGAUCAGGGAGCUGGUGACUGAGGUUGGAGUGGAGAUGGAUGAGGAGGGGGCAGCCGUCAUGGACCACCUCCACUACGAUGCCAACGAUGAUGGGCAGCACACGCUCAUUGCAGCCCCAAGCUCUGGUCUCAUCGACUCUGAAGUGAUGGUGGGCCCAAAGGACGCCAUCCCCCUACUGUACCGUGGGACGGGACUCAUCACUGACGCUGAUAACCCCUUAGUGCUGCCAGUGCUGCGUGCCCCCUCCACAGCCUACUGCUAUAGCCCUACUCAGUCCAUCUCUGACUACCCUCAUGCCACAGGACAGAACAUGCUGCUGGUGGCGGCGCUCCAGGCACGCAACAACGCCAGGGUGGUGGUGUCCGGCUCCCUGGAAUUCUUCUCUGAUGCCUUCAUCAUGGCCUCCGUGCAGACACCUCAGGGCGCCUCGUAUGAGCGGUCAGGCAACGGGCGAGUGGUGGAGGCCCUGAGUCGGUGGGUGUUCAUGGAGGAGGGUGUGCUGAGAGUGGUGUCCAUCAACCACCACCUGCAGGACGAGGUUGAGCCACCCGUGGCCUACACCAUUAAGGAUGAUGUGGAGUACAAGAUCAGGGUGGACAGGCUGGUGGACGGCAAGUGGAAGCCGUUCGUGGCCAAUGACAUGCAGAUGGAGUUCUUGCGCAUUGACCCCUUCGUGAGACUCACCAUGACACCCAACCCUAAUGGCGUCUUCUCUGUCAAAUUCAAGGUUCCUGAUGUGUACGGCGUGUACCAGUUCAAGGUGGAGUACAACAGGGUGGGCUUCACCAGACUCUACAGCUCCACACAGGUGUCUGUGCGUCCCUUCACACACCUGCAGUACGAGCGGUUCAUCGAGUGUGCCUACCCUUACUACGCCAGCGCCUUCUCCAUGAUGGCGGGGGUGUUCCUCUUCUCCCUUGUCUUCCUGCACCACAAGGACUCUCCAGUCAAGAGCAAGAGUGAAUGAUUCUCCCCAGCUUUUCUUCUUACUUUGCUAACUUCUCAGUGUGGGGUGUAAAGUUUUCUGUUCAGGCUCAGUCAGACAGUAUUUUGAUCUACUACAUCUGCAUUCCUUAGAGAGUAAACAUGUUAUUGUAGCUUAUUUGUCAUGUUUUUUUCAGAUCAUUAGUGGAUCAAGGUUUCUUUUUCUUUGAGGGGUUAGGAAGUAAUUACAAUCUUACCAUUUAUUGCUAGUGAGACUCAGUAAUGUUUCUGGUGUGUACUAACUUCUCCUCCUGUGAAGAUUAAUAUCCCAAUGUUUCUCAUGUGUGGAACCUCCAAGAGGCAGCCUUGUAAAGAAAAAAAAUGUUGAAUAAAUCUUUCUUAAUACUU